AUGAUAUUCAUCUGGGUUUUACUUUUAUUUUCUGGUAUAUUUCCAAGUAUUCAAACUCUAUCAUGUAUCAACUUUGAAUAUGAAGAACCUGCAUCUAUCGAUACAUUUGAUCGAAAUGCCUUAAAGGAGAAACUUGAUCGUUUUGAAAUGGAUGCAAGUCUUUCUGCAUGUCGUGUGGAGAUGGUAUUUGUUUAUUCUACGGGAUUACUAACACUCAAGUUUAGUAAAUUGAUUCCAAAGACAACCAUCUCAGUUGGUAUUGUUACGUUUCGUACCUUAGUAAGAUAUAUCAAUAAAGAUGACACAACGACUAUACAUGUUUUAACAUCUGCAUGUUCAAACUCUGACGGUUGUGAUAAACAAUUUAUACUGGACCAUGUUGACUGGUUCAUUCGAAUGAAGCUUGGUUUUACAAAUUCUAAUCAAAAUAAAUUUAUUUAA